AUGGCUACUUUAUCCUUUUCUCUCGAUCCCGGUGCGUUGCUGCGCUUGCACGAUGCACUGUUCUGUCUCUCGAAAUUUAGUGAGAGCGUCUCUAUCGAGGCUGAAUACGACCUACUACGACUGAGUGCUCUGAACACGGCCAAAACCGCCUAUGCUGCGUUUGUAUUUGAUGCGGAUAAGUUCUUUUCUCGGUUCUCCUUCAAUAUCAGGAGGAAUGCAAAUCGCGCAGCGAGAAACCAGUCUGCAGAUCGGUUCUCCUGUCAAAUUUACAUCAAGGCUCUGCUCUCAGUUUUCAAAGGCCGAACGGCUGAGUCACGGGGUAAGGAUAAGGAUACGGCAAUUGAACGCUGUGACGUUGAGCUCCAUGAUACCCCCGAUCAAGCAGAGUGUAGACUGGUUAUCAAGAUGAUAUGCGGGCAAGGUGUCGUAAAAUCAUACAAACUCACUUAUGAACCUGUCACCGUGCAACACGCAGUGUUUGACAGGGCAAGAUCUCGGAAUCAGUGGACGAUUGAAUCCAAAUUCCUGCGGGAGAUCAUCGAGCAUUUCAGCUCUUCCGCGGAGCAAUUAGAUAUCUAUCCUGAUGGUGGAAAGGCUAUCUUCACCAGCUUCACCACAAAGGUGACCGACGGCAAAGAAAUUCUGAAGCAACCAGUUCACACAUCAGUUGCUAUAGAUACCAAUGAUUUCGAGGAAUUCAUGGUCGAGGACGGCCUUCAUGUCGCAGUCAGUGUCAAAGAUUUCAAGGCCGCCGUUAUUCAUGCGGAUACCGUCAAGACGAGUAUAACUGCGAGAUAUACCCGUCCCUGCCGUCCUUUGCAGUUGGCCUACGAAACCGAAGGGAUCUCGAUGGAAUUCACUCUGAUGACGAGAGGAGAGGUAGACGAUGACGACACCCAACAUUCGUCCCGAGCAGCGUCGCAGCUAUCUGCAAGACCAGCAGCACAAGCACAACCGGUCUCGGUGAAUUCCUCCAAGAAUAAUACCUCCGCAAGGGAUCAGAUGCCGCCACCUCCAAAUCGGUCGGCCCAGCCUUCUGCUCAGGCUGCAGCUCGAAAACCAGAAGCGCCGCCCAGCGCCGUGCCACGGCCUUCUGCGUACGUGGAUUUCGAUAAUUUAUUCGUCCCAGAAGAUGAUGACAGACAGUGGGAUGAGCAUAACUAUGAGGAAGAUGCAGAGGAUACGCUCGGUUGGGAUGCUAAUGCCGACACGGGCGGAUUUGAUGCACAGGGUAACCAUGAAAACGAGCCUGUGCCGGCCCAUGGAGGUCAGCAGGAGAAAGCGACAGUUGAAGAUGAGCCUGCAAUUCCUCCAACACAACGCAUAUCACAGAUUCGUGACCUUGGCCUCUUUGAUUGA